AAUACGAUAAAUAAGAACGAGCGGGACGAGUUAAUGUAGACAGACCGAGGAUUGUAAAGUGUUGAUGUUUAGUCUUUGAUCGACUGUCAUUCUGGCAACAAUUAUGAGGUUCUUGAUACUCAUUCUCGUGGCCCUUUGCUUUACCUCUAAAUCCUUAGCAAAGAAAGGAUUUGGUCCUGGGGAACAAGAAUGGGGAUACGUGACGGUUCGUCCGAAUGCAAACAUGUUCUGGUGGCUGUAUUACACCACUGCAAAUGUUCAAUCCUACUAUGAAAAGCCACUGGUUAUUUGGCUGCAAGGUGGACCAGGUUCAUCGUCCACCUCUUAUGGAAAUUUCGAAGAACUUGGACCUCUGGACGUCGACUUAAAACCAAGAAAUUACACUUGGGUUAAAGAUUACAAUGUUCUUUUCAUCGAUAAUCCAGUGGGGACUGGCUACAGUUACACCACAUCACCGUCAGCAUACGCGACGACGAAUGCACAAAUUGCAAACGAUCUUUUAGAAUGCAUGAAAGGAUUUAUAAAGGAGCUACCACGGUUUUCAAAUGUACCUACAUAUAUUACCACCGAAUCGUAUGGAGGAAAAAUGGGGGCGGAAUUUGCCCUUACCUGGUAUAAGGCUCAGCAGGCAGGAAGCAUUCAGAGUAACUUGAAAGGCGUUGCUCUCGGUGAUGCUUGGAUCUCCCCCAUUGAUUCAGUGAUGACUUGGGCACCAUUUUUACAAGCCACGGGUAUGAUCGACCGCGCCGGUUACGAAAAAAUCGACCAAGCGGCUCAGAUGACGAAGCGAGCUGUAGAACGGGGCACGUGGAAGACAGCAACCGUUUUAUGGGCAAAUACGCAGAAUGCAAUUUUUGAUGUUACCGGCAAUAUCGACUUCUACAACAUCUUGACGAAAAUGACAUCCACUUAUACACGUAUCCCCAAUAUAGAGAAAUUUUUAACCGACCCAAUGUCCGUCAGCAACGGUUCCGUAUUCGGUAGUAAUUCUUUAAAAGAAUUGAUGAAUGGUCCCGUGAAAGAGGAUCUUGACUUACCCGUCGAUCAUGGUAAACAAUCCAAUACUGUGUUCGCCAACUUAUCGGAAGACUUUAUGAAACCUGUUAUUGAUAAAGUGGAGCAGCUGCUGAAUCAGACUGACUUGAAAGUGGUGGUGCUGACUGGUCACAUGGAUCUUAUAGUUGACACUCCAGGUACCAUUAACUGGGUUGAAAAACUAAAGUGGAAGGACGCCACUGCCUGGAACAAUGCAAAGAGAGUUCCAAUGGUUGUAAAUAAUAUCAUCGAGGGCUACUCGAAGUCUCAGGGUAAUUUCGCGUUAUACUGGGUGGACAGAGCUGGGCACAUGGUACCAAAGGACAAUCCUAAUGGAAUGGCACAAAUACUGAAAGAUUUCGCUAAUUAAUGCCCUCUGCAGUUUGAUUACAUCAAUUUUAGAAGACAAAUAAAGGCAUCGUUCAAAUAAUC